CUUCUUUUUCUAUUUUAUUUGUCACAACACCAAUCCUCUAUUUUCGUCUAAUCAAUUAUGUUCUGUUCUUCUGACUUGUUUUGUUUCUAGUUCAAUUCCAAUAGGUUAUGAUUACUCAUCAGAGUCUUGUUUUUGUCUUAUGAAAUUAUAGACUCUGCCAUUUUCACUUGCUAAAAACAUUGUCACUUGAAGAAGCUAUAGUGUUUGGUUACUAUACCUUUGAAGACUUUCUCUUAUUGGCUACAAAGCAAAACCUUCAAGUGAGAUUCAUUUGAAUUUUCCAUUUGGAAGUUGAAGAUAGAGAAAGGAAAAAAAGGAGGAGAGGGUAUGAUGGAAAGUGGAGGGAGAGGAGGAAUUGAAGGGUAUGAUGGAAUGAUGAUGACGAUGACGAGAGACCCAAAGCCGAGGCUGAGGUGGACAACCGAUCUUCAUGACCGUUUUGUCGACGCUGUCACAAAGCUUGGUGGCCCUGAUAAGGCGACUCCCAAGUCUGUUCUAAGGUUAAUGGGAUUAAAAGGUUUGACAUUAUAUCAUUUGAAGAGCCAUUUACAGAAGUAUAGACUUGGACAACAUGCUCGAAAACAAAAUGAAGAACAAUUCAAAGAGAAUAAUAGAUGUUCGUAUGUAAAUUUCAGUAACCAUUCUUCAGGGACUAAUACCAACUACGGAGGUGAUAAUGAAGGGGGAGAAAUCCAAAUAGGAGAAGCACUAAGGCAACAAAUUGAAGUUCAAAAGAGAUUGGAAGAACAACUUGAGGUACAAAAUAAAUUGCAAAUGAGAAUAGAGGCUCAAGGAAAGUAUUUGCAGGCAGUGUUAGAGAAAGCACAAACAAGCCUUCCUCAAGAUGGACCAGGCAAUCUUGAUGCAUCAAAAGCUCAAUUGGCUGAAUUCAACUCAGCUUUGACAAAUUUCAUGGAAAAUAUGAAUAAAGAUAGUAAAGAAAACAUACUAGACAUGAAUGAAUUCCAUAAUAAGAAUCAUGCUCAAGCUUUCAAUUAUCAAGAAGUAAUAGGGACAGAAGAACAUAAGGAACUAAAGCCUCAAGUUGAAGGGGGUGCAGUACAGCUAGACUUAAACAUUAAAGGUGGCAAUGAACAUCUUGUAUCUGCAGAUGGAGCUGAAAUGGAAUCAAAUAUGGUUUCAUAUAGGGCAAAGGUAAGAAAGUUUGAGGAAGGAAUGCUUAAAAGUUCAGCAAGGCAUCUUCUAAUUAAUUAAGUAGUAUAUCUCUCACGGAUUCAAGAAUGUUCGUUGUGAUUGCGUUGCUGAAUUGAGGAAGUAGAGGAAUUUUGGGAAGGUGAAGGAGGGCUUUAGGGUAAAAGUAUAUGAAACCGAUUUUUGAUAUUUAGUGUUGUAUGUGAUCAAGUGUG